AUGGACAUUCCAAAAAGAACAGAACAUAGACCUCCCAGGCCUCCUGUACCUAAGUUCAGACAUAUUGGAGCAGGAACUGAUUCACCUGAUUUCCUCCCUCCCCCAAAAACUGAAGAAUCCUCUUUUAUUGCAUUAUCCUUUGAUAAUACGUCUGAAACCUCAAUAGAAGAUUUUAAUGAAUCAUAUUUUACUAGAAAAAGAAUAUCUGCUAUUGUAGAAGAAAUAACCAAUUAAAUUGCUUUAUUGGGAUUAAGUGAAGAUCUUUUAAAAAUAGGACUAUCUUUAUUAAAAUCUGAAUUGCUUGAGGGUUUGAAAUCGAAAAAGUAUAAAGCUAUUGCUGUUGCAAUCAUCAUAGCAUCUUUGAAAUAGAUUAAUGCUCCAAUAACAUAAAAAGAAAUACUAUCUAAGACAUCUGUCUCUGAGAAAUAAAUAAAGAAAAUUCUUUUAUAGAUUCAUAAUCCAUAUAAUUUAUAGGCUAUUGUUUAUUCAUUCAUUAAAUAGAUUUCAAGUUAAAUUGGACUUAACGAUAAAUUCAUUACCUUUUGCCUUUAAAUGUUUAAUGAAAUAAAUCUAAGAAGUCUCAUUUAAGGUGAACAUGAAAAUGUAAUAGCUGGAGCCAUUAUCAAAUAUUGUGGUGAUAUUAUAUUUGCAGACAGAGGAGGGAUCAUAGCACAAGUGAUAGCAGACAAUGCCAAAUGCAGUCUUGGACCAUUAAAGAACUUUCUUAAAAAAAUUGAAUAAAACUUACCUUUAACUUAUUCAGUUUAGUAAAUAGGAUGA